UGGAAGAAUCUGGGAUGUGCCCCCCCCCCCAACUCUCGGCUCAGUUGGCUUACGUCGCAGUGACAUCAUCGACGAUUUUGGUCCGUUGCUGAUUAGUAUUUCCACUACUGAUUUCGAAAUCCGAACUGAACCGGGAUCGACGAUGUGGGGUUUCUUCUGAUUCGCGCUCAAUUCACCUUCAACAAGCGACCAAGUGGGCUUUUGGAGAACACUCGCCAACCUUCUCCUCCAGAGACAGUUGAGGAUGGAGGCUCUUUACACCAAACUCUAUGACAAAUACAGCAAACUUAAGUUUUUCCCUGCAGAAGAAGAAAUUGUCGGAAUUGGACGAGGUCAAUCGGGAACAAGAAGAGAAGUUCUUACAUUUUGUUUCUUCCGCAGAGGAGUUAGUACGACAUCUGAGAAGUGAAAACAAAAAUUUGCAGGGGAUAGCGGAGAAUCUAAGGAGUGAAUUGACUUCCGUUAGAUUUGCCAAGGACAAGGAUUGUGCAGAGUACCAAAAGCUUCUUAUGGAAGAAGAACAGAAGAACAAAACUCUUUCUGAAGAAGUGGAAAAACUGAAAGAGAUGCUUCAAGAGGAACAUGGUUGUGGUUUCAAGGGUAAAACUGGAAGUAAACAACAGGCGAAAACUCCUGAAAGCGCUCGAGUUUUGACGAGAAGUAUGAGAAAACGAGACAUUCCAUUGGAAGAUAUGGUGGAAGUAUCCAUGAAAAAGCGGAGCAGAACAUCAAAAGAUAUGACAGAAGUAUGCAUGACUUCACCCAAUGUUAGCAGUCAUCGUAAAGUGGCGCCGGUGUGCUACAAAAAUUCUCAUGCCGAAUCAAGUGAUUCUGUCAACUGUACAUUUCAAACUCUCGGCGAAUACUUGCUAGGGAUGCAGUUAUCAAUUAGUAACCAAGUCAAUGGAGUCGGCAUUACGACCUUACAUCCAUCAAGCGGUUAUUCGUUCCGCCUAACUUGGGUAAAUAACUCGGGCGGCGGCGAGGAACCUGAGCUUCUCUACAAUCUUGUAUCACUCGGGACGUUUGAACGAGUAGCCCCGGAAUGGAUGAAGGGUGUUCUGAUGUUCAGCAUAAGUAUGUGUCCCGCCUUUUUCGAAAGAGUCUCCCGGGUGAUUAAGCUUCAGUGCUAAACGUUCAUGACUUUUGUCUCAUCCGCCUUUUUUUUUUGUAUAUCCCCAUACUUGUUAUGGAUCUGUUACAUACAAUUCCUUGAACAUUUUGGCUGAAGUCUUCUUAUCCAAUCUAAUGUGUGUUGCGUUCUCUGUUA